AAGUUAGAGAGGCAAUUUAGGAGGUUUCGAGGCGACCAGUUGAGCACAAUAGAAGAAGAAGAAGAAGAAGAAGAAGAGGAGGAGGAGGAGAAGGAUGAGGAAGAGGAGGACAGCAGAGUGAGAGAAAUAGGAGGGGAAGUUGAACACCCAGAUGACCUUCAUAGAGAAGAAGGUAAGGAAGUGGCUUACGGAGACGGCGACCACAUACAAGGGGAGAAGUUGAUGUCACUGGAAGAGUUCUGUGGGGAGACUUUUGCAAUCUCUCCCACCUUUAUUGAGGACAUCAUGGUGGAGAGCAGAAUCUUACAGAGGAGGCUUGAACAAGCACUCGAGGUGUUCGAAAAGUCUUUAAGACUUUUCCUCGUUAUAUUGAGAGUCAUUUUUGGAGAUAUAAUCUCGCUAUAUGCUUUUGCUCCUCUAGCCCCUUCCUCUAAGCAACCUCACUCUCAACUAGCAUACAUUCAUCCUGCUGCCACUAUUAUUCCCAUUCCUCCACGAUUCUUCCACUCCUAG